AUGUUAUGGUUGUCAGUGAAGAGAAUGUGACGGGUAGUGCAUGUUUUGUCUUUUGUAUGUUACUUGUUGAUUUUAUUAAUUAAACCUCACGACAAAUGAGUGAAAUUUGACUAUUCAAUUACUUAGUUAAUUAUGAUAUAGUGUUGUGAGUGGAUGCUGUGGAUUGGACCCAACGUUUGCCAUCUCCGGGCGUUGACUGUUCAGGUGGUAGCUGCAGGCUAGAUAUACACGAUGGAGGACGAGGUGACGUUCCUGUUCCAGAUGGGCGUGCUGCGUGACGCGGUCUCGGCCCCCGUGAAUAUACUAACCCUCGCGCAUCUAAAGGAGCUGGCCGUCAAAUUCGUCCAAGAAAAGAUACCCGACAAUGGUCUCAAUCGGCUGUCCGACCGUAUCUUGCUGUUCCGCCACGAUUACUGUUCGCCCAACGUGCUGCAGAUCAUCAAUUCGGCAACAGACGUCACUGACGAGACUCUCGUGGAGAUCGUGCUCACUGCUAAUCCUCUCCUCUGCGAUGGUGCCGAGAGCGCUCCGGCGCCGCGUCCGCACGCACUGGCGGUGCACUCCUACAAGGCGCCCACAUUCUGCGACUUCUGUGGAGAGAUGCUCUUCGGCCUCGUGCGACAGGGACUCAAGUGUGAAGGUUGCGGCCUGAACUACCACAAGCGCUGCGCGGUGAAGGUGCCGUCCAACUGCGAGUCGCCGGCCAGCAGCGCGGCGCCGGGCAGCCGCCGCCAGUCCGCCGCGCCGCGCAGCCCGUCGCGCUCGUCGGCGCACAGUCACGCCUCGCACGGCUCGCACGGCUCGCACGCCUCGCACGACGACUCGCUGGUCGGUGCAGGAACAGGUCCCAAACGGUCCGCAGGCGCCUGGGCGUCCUCUCUGGGCAUACCCCACACCUUCCAAGUGCACACCUACACCCGGCCAACGGUGUGCCGCCUGUGCAAGAAGCUGCUGCGAGGGUUGUUCAAGCAAGGCCUGCAGUGCGGUGACUGUCAUUACAAUGCGCAUCGCAAGUGUCUCCCAUUCGUGCCCAAAGACUGCGGCGGAGAGAUCAGAGAUCACCACGGGGAGAACCAAGACAGCUGCAGCACCAGCAGCGAGAUCAGCGAGAUCAGCGAGAUCAGCGAGCCGCGCGCCGCGCACGACGACGACUCGGACGACGGCGAGCGCGAGCGCGGCGCGCGCGGCCCCCGCGGCCCCCGCGGCCGCCUCGAGGGAGAGAACCGACAAGACGAGGACGAGGAGCCUCAGAGAGAUACCAUCCCCGAACACUCUGCCAGUAGACCCAGCAGUUCGUCGUCAUCCCCGAGCGCCAACAUCCCGCUGAUGCGUAUCGUGCAGUCCGUCAAACACACCAAGAAGCGAGACGGACAGUGGCUCAAAGAAGGCUGGCUCGUGCACUUCACGAACAAGGACAAAACGAUCAAACGCCACUACUGGCGACUGGACAGCCAGUCCAUCACGCUGUUCACUUCAGAGCAGGGCACCAAGUACUACAAAGAGAUACCUCUCAACGAGAUCCUGGCCGUCGACACUGCGAGGACUCCUCAGUCGGACGUGAUGCACUGCUUCGAGCUGCGCACGGCCAACGUGGACUACCUGGUGGGCGUGGACCCCGCGUGGCAGGGCGGCGCCGCGCCGCUGCCGCCGCCCGAGUCGGGCGUGGGCGCCUACCUGGCGCGCUCGUGGGAGACGGCGCUGCGCCACGCGCUGCUGCCGCACCCGCGCGCCGAGCCGCCCGGCGCGCCCGAGCGCGGCGCCGAGAUGGCGCAGCUCUACCGCAUCCACCCCGACGAGGUGCUCGGCUCGGGCCAGUUCGGCAUCGUGUACGGCGGCCUGCACCGCGCCACGGCGCGCCCCGUCGCCAUCAAGGUCAUCGACAAGCUGCGGUUCCCGACCAAGCAGGAGGCGCAGCUGAAGAACGAGGUGGCGAUCCUGCAGAACCUGUCGCACCCGGGCGUCGUCAACCUCGAGCGGAUGUUCGAGACGCCGGAGCGGAUCUUCGUGGUCAUGGAGAAGCUGAAGGGCGACAUGCUCGAGAUGAUCCUCUCUCACGAGAAGGGGCGCCUCACGGAGCGCAUCACGAAAUUCCUCGUCGCGCAGAUCCUGGUAGCGCUGAAGCACCUACACGAAAAAAACAUCGUGCACUGCGACUUGAAGCCAGAAAACGUACUCCUGUCCUCGGACGAGACCUUCCCGCAGGUGAAGCUCUGCGACUUCGGCUUCGCGCGCAUCAUCGGCGAGAAGUCCUUCCGCCGGUCCGUCGUCGGCACUCCCGCCUAUCUGGCGCCCGAGGUGCUCCGCAACAAGGGCUACAACCGCUCGCUGGACAUGUGGUCGGUCGGCGUCAUCGUCUACGUGUCGCUGUCCGGAACCUUCCCGUUCAACGAGGACGAGGACAUCAACGAGCAGAUCCAGAACGCCGCCUUCAUGUACCCGCCGACGCCCUGGAGGGAGAUCUCCGCCGAGGCCAUCGACCUCAUCAACAACCUGCUGCAAGUGAAGCAGCGCAAGCGGCUGUCGGUGGACAAGUGCGCGGCGCACGCGUGGCUGCAGACGGGCGAGGCGCGCGCCGACCUGCGCGCGCUGGAGCGCCGCGUGCGCGCGCGGUACCUCACGCACGCCAGCGACGACGCGCGGUACCCGCCGCUCGCCGGCGGCGGCUGA